GUUUUGCCUCGCCACACUCUCACACAAAGCAAACAAAGUAAAAAAGAAAAAAAAGAAACAAAUCAUGGCGCUUUCGUCUUCUUGUUCAACGCUCAAAGCCGUUAACUCACGGUGGACAUCACCAGUACCAAAACUCGCCGCCCUCCGUCGACACUCUCUGUUACCGGAGCUCCGUUACACACCAAACGUGAAACUAACGGCGACUAACGCCUUGAGAACCGUCGAGCAAACGACGUUAACGGAGGACAACAAACUCUCCACCUACGGAUCUGACCAAGAAGACCAAGAGUCGCUUCCAAAGCCGAGGAUCCUCGUCGCCGAGAAGCUAGGAGAGGCCGGAGUGAACCUCCUCAAGGAUUUUGGCGACGUGGACUGCUCUUACGAGCUUUCACCGGAGGAUCUGAAGAAGAAAGUUGCGGAGAGCGACGCGUUGAUCGUGAGAAGCGGAACGAAAGUCACGAGGGAAGUGUUCGAGGCCGCGAAGGGCAGGUUGAAGGUGGUGGGAAGAGCCGGAGUUGGGAUCGACAAUGUUGAUCUGCAAGCGGCGACGGAGUAUGGAUGUUUGGUGGUUAAUGCUCCGACUGCUAAUACGGUGGCUGCCGCCGAACAUGGUAUCGCUUUGCUUGCUUCUAUGGCACGAAACGUCGCUCAGGCUGACGCUUCCAUUAAAGCAGGAAAAUGGGAGAGGAGCAAGUACGUCGGCGUAUCUCUCGUCGGAAAAACAUUAGCCAUAAUGGGUUUCGGAAAAGUCGGAACAGAGGUGGCGAGGCGAGCCAAGGGACUCGGCAUGAACGUUAUCUCUCACGACCCUUACGCUCCAGCAGACAGAGCUAGAGCUCUCGGCGUCGAACUCGUCUCCUUCGACCAAGCCAUCUCCACCGCCGACUUCAUCUCCCUACACAUGCCGUUAACUCCCGCCACGAAGAAGGUUUUCAACGACGAAACCUUCUCCAAGAUGAAGAAGGGCGUUCGUCUCAUUAAUGUAGCAAGAGGCGGCGUCAUCGACGAGGAUGCGCUCGUUAGGGCUCUUGACUCAGGAGUUGUUGCUCAGGCAGCGUUGGAUGUGUUCUGUGAGGAGCCACCAUCGAAAGAGAGUAGAUUGAUUCAACAUGAGAAUGUUACUGUCACACCUCAUCUAGGAGCUAGCACCAAAGAGGCACAGGAAGGUGUAGCCAUCGAGAUAGCAGAGGCUGUAGCAGGAGCAUUGAAAGGAGAGCUAUCAGCUACUGCAGUCAAUGCACCAAUGGUUGCUCCUGAGGUUUUAACUGAACUGGCUCCUUACAUUGUCUUAGCCGAGAAGCUUGGUAGGUUAGCUGUGCAGUUAGCAUCUGGAGGUAAAGGAGUACAGUCCAUCAAGGUCGUGUACCGUUCAGCUCGUGACCGAGAUGAUUUGGACACUAGACUUCUCCGCGCUAUGAUCACUAAGGGAAUCAUUGAACCCAUCUCGGACUCUUAUGUCAACCUGGUGAAUGCUGACUUCAUAGCUAAGCAAAAGGGUCUCAGAAUCAGCGAGGAACGAACCGUGGUCGAGUCAUCACCAGAGUACCCUGUUGACUCCAUCCAAGUUCAGAUUUCUAACGUUGAGUCCAGCUUUGCUGGUGCUGUCUCUGAUGCUGGAGCUAUAAGUAUAGAAGGGAAGGUGAAAUAUGGAGUUCCGCAUUUGACUUGCGUUGGUUCGUUUGGUGUGGACGUGAGCCUUGAAGGGAAUCUGAUACUGUGCAGGCAGGUGGAUCAGCCAGGGAUGAUUGGACAAGUAGGUAACAUACUCGGAGAGCAGAAUGUGAAUGUGAGUUUCAUGAGUGUUGGACGAACAGUUGUGAGGAAACAAGCUAUCAUGGCAAUAGGAGUGGAUGAAGAACCAGACAAGAAGACACUUGAGAAGAUUGGAGGUGUUUCUGCGAUUGAAGAGUUUGUGUUUCUGAAACUAUGAAAGUUUGAGAUGGUGUCACAGUAUUGUGGCUUUUGAGAAUAAAUUGUGACCCGGAUUUAAGGUGUUUGUCCAGUGGUCAAGCUGUAGGAAAAUGUGUGUCAUUGUGAUUGAAUGUGAGUCUCUUUGGUACUUUGUUCUUGUUUUGGUAAUGAUGCUUUUGAUUAAUGUCAUGUUUUUCUUGUUUCUUGAUAUCCACUAAUAUGCUACUAUGAUCUGUAACCACUAUUUUGAUAUAUGAACUAGCAUUAAGUA